AUGGAUUCGUUGACAGGUGAUCCUCUGGGGUCCCGUUAUCUUUCGGUUGCUGGUUCAAGAACAUGCCUCCAAGUGGACUGCACAAGCGGGUUCUCCGGUCUUACUCCAACAGGCCUACAACGUUCAUUAGUUUGCGUCCUCGGACUCAACACCGUCCUUGAGCUUUCCAACUUGGGCCUGGACAAAGUUGUCCAACAUCUCGUGGUGAACUUCGCCUCUAAACUUGAUCAUUGUCGCAAGUGGCGCUUCGAGGUUCGACUUGACUUGCUGUCUAGCCUUUGGGUGGAAAUCUUCACACCACAACAUGGGUCGUUGCAUAUUCUGCACUUGUCGUUCAAAGACCUUGAUCCUGGGAUAGUGAUGUCUGGUUUGCAACCUUUUCGGGGCUACCUUUCACGCCUGUUGGCCAGAACGUGCCUACAAUUUAGAACGUUUUGGAGGCCCUAUCCUCGCAUGACUACCUUUCUUGCAACGGACAAUGCUCCCACCAGUUGGCGAACACAUGCUCUCGAUCACGGCUGCGUACUCUACCCGCCUAACCUGGGCCGUCACGAGUUCCCGCAAGGCUUUUCGCGCGAAUCUGCGCAGACACAUGCACCGAGUCACGUGGGUUGGACUGAGUCUUGCAAUCCAGGUCCGAACAAUGGACAAUCUUGGGCGGUGGCGAGCAAGUUGGGCACUUUCGAGAGAGAAGAGGCAUCAAUAUUUCUACACAACACUCUUGCCACGCAAGUCUUCCCAUCCUCACUACUGCCGCCUUUGCUCCUACAGACUCGAGCCAUACUCUUUCCAAAUAACACACUCGGUCCUGCGGCUCCUCCACCACCAACAGAAGAAGAAGCGCGACUCAUCCGCUGCCAGGCCGCCAGCGAUAUACUGUCGAUCAUUCCCAAACCCAUUGCGCGAGUGUUCUUAGCUGUUUCCCAUGCACGAGACGACGAAGAUGGAGCUAUGCGUCUCGAAAUCGAGGAAAGCAUGCUAUCUUGGACAAGCGAUGUCGAAAUGAACAAGUAUCUUGUGUAUUCUAUACUUGAACAUGUCUUGGUAAGGCUCGUGCCAGAGAUGCAGCACAAGACCCCCAGCGAGCUUUUGGCUGAAAGGGGUGUUCUUGUAUGUGGCGAUGCCGCUGGAGAAGACGUAGUAGUCACUAUCAAUGGCGAAAAGUAG